AUGUCUCGUCUCACAGUUGUAGUUAUCGGCGCUACUGGAUCGCAGGGCGGCCCGGUCGCUAGGGAGCUCUUGAAAAACCCGCAUCUGUACUACGUCAGGGCUUUGACGCGCGAUCCGACUAAGCCAGCAGCGCAAGAGCUGGCAAGGCUUGGGGCAGAAGUUCAGGCGUUUGAUCUCAAUGCAGGCAUUGAAAGCCUUCUUCGAGCAUUUACGGGCGCCGAUGCCGUCUUUGCUAUGACAGACUUUUGGGCAACACGAUCAGCACAGAAGGAGACUAUCCAGGGACGAAGCAUUGUAGAUGCUGCAGCUCGAACCUCGACCAUUCGGCAUUUCAUUUGGAGCUCGCUCCCAGAUCCCGAGAAGGUAUCCGGGGGCAUACUGAGAAACAUUCAUCACUGGAAGAGCAAGAGUGUAGUUGCAGACUACAUACAGCAGCAGUACCCACAGUUGUGGGGCAAGACUACUGUCGUGCUCUUCCCCAAUUAUUUCGAGAACUGCCUGUCUCAUCCCGAACGCUACCUCUCACAACCUGGCGUGUAUCAUAUGUACUUGCCGCAUAGCCCGUCCACUGCCAUGCCGAACGGAUCAAUUCGCGAUACAGGCAAGCUUGUUCGAGUGAUCCUGGAAGCUGAGGCUACUUACUUUACAAAGACCGUGGCCUUCUAUAGUGAAGCCAUCUCGGAGGCGGAGAAACAAGCUAUGAUUGGCAAAAAAUACGGCUUACAGACAAUGUACCAUGUAAUAAGUCCCGAUGAGCAUCGAAAGAAGCUGGAGAGUCAAGGUCUAUCUCCUGAGAUUGCCUUGGAUUAUACCGAGCAGCUUCUGAUGUUCGAAAAAUUCGGAAACGUGUGUGAGGCAUCAGAAUUCAUCCAGGCCAGAGAGAUUCCGGGGCUUCACCUUCAGUCGUGGGCUGAGUUCCUCGAAAGAAAAUGA